CAUUAAAAGGGAUAGAAAUUCCUGCGGAAAAUCAAUGGUACGCAAAAAAAAAGAAGAAAUUUUUUCAUCUUCUGUUUCUAUAUUAUAAAGGAACUAAAUUUUUCUCAGGUAGUUGUGGCAAACGACAAACGAAGUCUUCAGUUCAACUUUUGCAUUAGACGUGAGAUCAGUGAUCUUUAGUUUCAAAAUCGAAAAAAAAAAAUUUUUUUCUCCAAUUCUCAGAAAAACAAUUUCACAAUGAAAUAUUUUCUUCUUAUGAGUUUGGCCCUUGUCAAUUGUGUUUUUGGUGUCAAAAUAAAAAGAGAUGGUAAUUCAGAAAUUUCACAAAACUAUGAACAAAUGUCAAAUAAUAGAAUUCCAUUGGAAAAUGGAAGAAUAUUUAGUCAAGAAGAUUUAUCAUUUCCGGCACGAUAUUUUUAUCCAACAUAUCCAGAAUAUACGGAUUACAGAUAUCAAAAUAAUUAUAAUGCACCUGUGGCAAAAUUGGCAAUACCAGCGGAACAGCCAAUUUCAAGUUGGACAUCGGCGUGGACAAAAUUAAUUCCAAUUUCAAGUUUUGCAUUAUUAUAUGGUGCAAAAGCGGGAAUUUUCAUUUUUAGCUUACUAUUAAUUCUUAUUUUGGGAGUUAUUUUUACCACAACAGUUUGCACAUUCACGCCACUUUGUAUGAUUUCAUUUCCUGGUCUUGCACUCACAAGAAAUCAAAUAAAGGAACAAGUUGCCGAAUUAGCAAGAAAUUAUAUAACACCAGAGAGUCUUAAUGCAGCGACAGUUCUCGUUCAGGAAGCUGUUGAUAAAUAUACAAAAGUUGUGCCAGAUGAAGAAAAAAAUGAAACAACAUCUUUUCAACCAUUUCAACCAGCUUCAUCAACCAUUCAAACAUUAAUUUCAACCAUUCAAGCGACGACAUCAUCUAUUCAAAUACCAAGUUCAACAAAUGAAACAACAAGCACAACUGAAUCUACAGUAUUAGUUUAAAUUUUCAAUUAUAAUAGUCAUUAUUUUUCAUUUUAAUCUAGAUAAUUGUAUAGUUAGUGUAAAAUUUUAAUAAAUAAAGGCGUUUUUCAUAUAGUGUAUAGACAAAAAAAACAA